AUGUCUGCCAACUCCUCCUCCGAAACUAUUGAAAUUGCCAAAGUCGUUAAUUUGGACUACAAUGACUUGGUCAAUGAUGUGGAUUUGACGGACAAGAUUGCUGAAGCCUACGGUCCUGAAGGAUUAGGUUUAUUGACUGUUUCCAAUGUCCCCAAUGUGUUGGAGUAUAGACAAGCUAUUUUGCCUCUUGCCUACAAGUUUGCUAAUCUUCCCGAAGAAGUUAAAAACAAGUAUGUGCAUGAGCAGUCCAAUUUCUCAUUCGGAUGGAGUCACGGCAAGGAGAAAUUCAAUGGAAAGACUGAUGUUUUCAAGGGUUCUUACUAUGCAAAUCCUGAAGUAGAUGUACCUGUGGAAGACAAGGAGACUCAAGAAAAGUAUCCAUUUUAUUGCACACCAAAUAUUUGGCCUAGGGAAGAUCUUCCAGAGAUGGAGACUGCGUUCAAGAAUAUGGGACAACUUGUGGUUGCUGUUGGUUUGUUGGUUGCCAAACAAUGUGACCGUUAUGUUCAAAAGCAUUGUCCUACAUGUGCUCCUAACAUGCUCUACAAUACCAUUAGUGAAAGCAAGAAUACCAAGUCUAGACUUCUUUAUUAUUAUCCAAGAAGUGACGAAGAUGCUAAGGAAGAGGAGGUCGAAAGUGACGAUGGCUGGUGUGGUCUUCACUUGGAUCAUGGCUCAUUGACCGGUUUGACUGCUGCCAUGUAUUUCAGGGAUGGUAAAAUUGUGGAGAAUGACGAUCCAAAGGCUGGACUCUACAUUAAGGGCAGAAGAGGAAAUUACAUUAAGGCUGGUUACAAACCUGAUCAAUUGGCAUACCAAAUUGGUGAGAGUGCUCAAAUUCAAUCCGGUGGAUUAUUACAAGCCACUCCUCACCUUGUCAGAGGUCCAAGAACUCCAGGCAUUGGUAGAGCUACAUUGGCUAACUUUAUGCAACCAAAGCACAGUGAUAAGAUGGACAUUCCUCCAGGAAAAACUGCCAAGGAUUGUAAUGUCAAGCAUUUUGAAGAGGGAAUGACAUUCCACGAAUUUUCAGAGAAGAAGUUUUCAGAAUAUUACUAA